ACAAACUUUUUAUUCAAAUAGACAGGUCGUCACAUCCAGACCAUAUCAGCAUCAGUAAUUUUUAUCAUUUUAGUAUAUACCUGUGUCCAUCGCUCAAAAAAGGGCUCGGGAAAUGAUAAAAAAAAUACGGUACGAAAAUAAGGUGAAGAAUUGCGCACGAAGCCCUUACAAGCAAAUGUUUCGCUGAUUUUUGGAAAACUGCAUAUGUCGCAACCGUACAACGCAGAACCGCGAAUUAUGAGUAGUACACAACCAUUUGUUUGCCAAAUGCUCUCAAGAAAUUAGAAAACCUCCGGCUGAAAACCGAUCACUCGUCACCCAACGAAAGUAUUCAGACAUCGACUGAAACAGCUACAGCAGUUCUGAGCACUCAAAACAACGAUUUGAUAACUCUUCCACCAUAUAGUCCUGACUUCAGACAGAAUGACUCAUUUUUAUUCCCUAAUGGAAUAUCAAAUUUUCCUGUUGGUAAUAUUUUCAAUAUGUUUGGAGAAAUUCACAACGGGCGAAUAUCAGCAAAGUUUAGCGAUAACGGAUAUUUUGCCCGAGGACAUAAAAAGAUAUGAUAAAAUGCGGCCACCCAAAAAAGAUGGACAACCAACAAUUGUUUAUUUUCACGUAACCGUAAUGGGUCUAGAUUCGAUUGACGAGAAUUCGAUGACCUAUGUUGCGGACGUGUUUUUUGCGCAAACAUGGAAAGAUCAUCGGUUGCGACUACCCGAAAACAUGACGCAGGAGUAUAUACUGCUCGAGGUCGAUUGGUUAAAGAAUAUGUGGCGACCAGAUUCUUUCUUUAAGAAUGCCAAAUCCGUUACUUUCCAAACAAUGACAAUUCCUAAUCACUACAUGUGGCUAUACAAAGACAAGACCAUACUCUAUAUGGUGAAAUUAACACUAAAAUUGUCGUGCAUUAUGAACUUUGCCAUUUAUCCUCAUGAUACACAGGAAUGUAAGCUUCAAAUGGAAAGUUUGUCACAUACCACAGACGACAUGAUUUUUCAAUGGGAUCCCACAACACCGUUAGUGGUUGAUGAAAAUAUUGAACUGCCGCAAGUGGCGCUGAUACGCAAUGAAACCGCAGAUUGCACUCAAGUAUAUUCAACUGGAAAUUUCACCUGCCUCGAAGUUGUUUUCACACUCAAACGCCGGUUGGUCUAUUAUGUCUUCAACACAUAUAUACCGACAUGUAUGAUUGUCAUAAUGUCGUGGGUUUCGUUUUGGAUCAAACCAGAAGCGGCGCCAGCGCGAGUCACCCUCGGUGUCACCUCUCUGCUCACCUUGUCUACACAGCAUGCAAAGUCGCAAUCAUCUCUACCGCCGGUUUCCUAUUUAAAGGCGGUCGAUGCUUUCAUGUCCGUGUGUACGGUUUUCGUUUUUAUGGCUUUAAUGGAGUAUUGCUUGAUUAAUAUUGUGUUAAGCGACACGCCUAUACCAAAACCUAUAGCUUAUCCGCCGAAACCGGUGCCGGAGGGCGCGAAAAAGGAACCAGAAAAGCCGCCUGCUCCUACACCAGCGCCUGCGGCUACACCAGCCAAAGUAGUGCCGGACGAAAAGAUUGAGAAGAUUGAAAAGAUAUUCGAUGAGAUGACCAAAAAUCGAAGAGUUGUGCACUCACGCCGUGUUGUGCGUCCACCACUCGACGCUGACGGUCCUUGGAUACCACGCCAAGAGUCGCGCAUCAUACUAACGCCAACCAUUGCCCCACCACCGCCUCCACCUCCACCAGAACCGGAGCCACCGAAGCCAAAGCUCACACCACAGCAAGAACGUCUGAAGAGAGCCAUUUAUAUCGAUCGGACCUCAAGAGUUCUUUUUCCAGCGCUCUUUGCCAGCCUGAAUGGUAUUUACUGGGUAAUAUUUUACGAAUAUCUCUAAAGACAUAACGUCACUCUCUACUCUCUACGACUUGUGAAGUACAUAUGUAUGUUUCAUGAUUUUAACUGAACUCGGUAGAUAAUAAAUAUGUAUUACAUAAGUAGAAAGAAAUAAUCACACACAAAAUAUGUAUGUAAAUAAAAUUAAGUCAAGAAUGUACACCGUUGUGAUGUUCGAUGGGCGCAAUUAGAAAAUUUUAUUCAAAUAAAUUAGCUUCAUUAAGCUACGAAAAUGUCUGUAUGUACUCGUAUGCAUACAUAAACGUGUCAGAAUAAAUGAUAAUUAGAUAACAAGCGUUUAAGUUAGUUAACUAUAAGCUUGAUGUGACAUAUGUAUGUAUUUAUUUAGGUAAUUGUAAUGUUAAAAAAAUUAAUUGGGUAAUUUUCCAUUUGUUUUUUUUUUUUUGUAGCACUUAAUACGCUUUUGAUUUCCAGGCAUUUUGCAUUAGCAAAUUCUAUUAAAACUAAUAUACGUAAGAUAGGUCUACAUGCAUACCCACUCAUGUAGUUUGCCAAUUAUACACGUAGAGUUUACCAGCUAAAAGAUGUUGUUCAUUAAAAAGAUAUGUAAGUAAGUAAUCAAAGGAAAUUUUAAUCAUUUAUUAAUUGUGAUAACAAAAUGUGUACAUGAUUGUUUUAGGAAAUAAAGAAAAACGGC